AUGAAGCGGAAAGCAAAAAAGACCCCGGUUGAUAGGAAUGCACCGCCCGGAGGGAGUCUCUCGCCGUUUGGACAUGGUUUGCAAGGCGGUUAUGGGGGGUUUGGCCCUCGUACACUUUCUAAUAGUGGGGAUAUUGCCAUUGAGAGGCCCGCGCCGAGUUAUCCAGUCGCGAAAAAGAGCGAGGGGAAGAUACUGAGACCUCAGUACAAGGAGAUCCUUCGAGAUCCUGCUAACUCGCUCCAUCUUAUUGACCAUCCUCCUGUUCCUCCCGGCGCCUCACCUAAAGAUAUCGAUAUCCAUUCUGCGAGGAUUACCAGGAUCAAUAAGUUCAAGAGGAUACUGCAGGCCACUUCAAUAUCCCUCCCAGAGCUCAGAGCUGCAGCAUGGUCGGGGGUCCCCGAAGAAGUUCGAGCAAUGACUUGGCAACUGCUUCUGGGGUACCUACCCACAAGCAGUGAGAGACGUGUUUCAACUCUCGAGAGAAAGCGAAAAGAGUAUCUUGAUGGUGUUCGACAAGCUUUUGAAAGGAGUGGAAACACUUCAACACCAACCGGCAAAGCCCGGGGCUUGGAUGAGGCAAUAUGGCAUCAAAUCAGCAUUGAUGUUCCUCGCACAAAUCCACAUUUAGAGCUUUACGGCUACGAAGCUACGCAACGGUCAUUAGAAAGGAUAUUAUAUGUCUGGGCCGUGAGACAUCCUGCCAGCGGCUACGUUCAAGGUAUCAAUGACCUUGUUACACCCUUCUGGCAAGUGUUUCUUGCAAGCUAUAUUACAGAUUCAGAUGUAGAAAGCGGGAUGGAUCCUGGACAGCUGCCAAAACCUGUUCUGGAUGCCGUUGAAGCGGAUUCAUUUUGGUGCUUGACGAAACUCCUAGAUGGUAUCCAGGAUAAUUAUAUCUUCGCCCAGCCUGGUAUCCAACGCCAAGUUGCAGCUCUUCACGACCUGACUGCACGGAUUGACGAACCUCUGGCAAAGCACCUUGAGCAAGAAAGCGUGGAAUUUAUCCAAUUUAGUUUCCGAUGGAUGAAUUGUCUGCUGAUGCGUGAGAUCAGUGUGAAGAACACUAUCAGGAUGUGGGACACGUACAUGGUAGGCCUUAUUCUCCGCAUCUCCAUUCGCAAGCUAAUCGCUGGACUUCAGGCUGAGGAGCAAGGCUUCUCCGAAUUCCAUCUCUAUGUAUGUGUUGCUUUUCUCGUGAAAUGGUCGGACAAGCUACGCAAAAUGGAUUUUCAAGAAGUUAUGAUGUUCCUCCAGGCCCUCCCAACUCGAGAUUGGACCGAGAAGGACAUCGAACUCCUGCUCAGCGAGGCCUUCAUUUGGCAGUCCCUUUUCAAGGGAUCUGCCUCCCAUUUACGGGGCCCAUCUGACAGAACACCUUCGAACACCAUUAGUGCUACUUGA